CCUCGGGAAAUUUUCAACUUUCAUUAGAACAUUACUUGACUGCAACUUGUAGUUGUAUUUAAGCCUUGUUGUUAGUGCGUUUUGUGUAUGUUACAGUCUAGGAAAAUAACUUUAUCAACAUGUUACAAACUUCGGAGUAAAAUAUCUAUGCAUCAAGAUGACCCGGACGAGAGGCACGGCUUAUUUAUUUGACCAGAAAUACUAGACGGUGCAGGUGGUCCGAUAAAGCAAAUAAAGAUGUCAAACAAAUCACAAACACUUUUGGAUAUCUUCCAAGAGAUACUCGCGGGGUCUGGCAAUUCUAACGACAGCAGUUUCAAUGAAACGCAGAUAUUAUCUGUACUGCGGGAACAGGCGAGCAAGGGAGUGGGGAGUGAGAACUUUGAAGCCACCCUGGUGAAGAUGAUGAAGGAUGCAAGGUCCAGGCUGAAUUUGACGUUGAAGCCGGACACGUGCGGCUACUGCGAGGGAGAUUUCAGAGAUAUCAUUAUGGCGUACAAUGGCAUUCAUGGAUAUGUGAGUUUGUUGGUCUGUACUAUUGGAGUGAUAGCGAACACCAUGAACGUAGCAGUCCUCACCAGAAAGGACAUGGCGGCGGCUCCCAUCAACCGACUGCUGAAAUGGCUGGCCGUCGCUGAUGUGUUUGUCAUGUUGGAGUAUGUCCCCUUCGUCAUAUAUAGAUACCUGGUUCUGCCAGGGAAAUGGGACUUCCCCUACUCGUGGGCGAUGUACUUGCUGUUUCACAUGCAUUUUGCACAAAUACUGCAUACUGCAUCUAUUUGUCUGACUCUCUCGUUGGCUAUAUGGAGAUACAUUGCUAUAAAAUACUCCGACAGGAGUCACGUGCUGUGCACGGAGAGACGGUGCAGCAUGGCAAUCCUUGCCAGUUUUAUAUUGCCGCCUAUUUUAUGUACUCCAACUUUUAUGGUAUUUGACAUUCAUACGAAAAACGUAACUGAUGUGGACGGAAACCCCGACAUAGCCUACCACGUCGACUCUGACUACCAAGGCACAUUAUAUCAAGCAAAUUUUUGGGUGCACGCAGUGGUUAUAAAACUCCUGCCAUGUUCCAUUUUAACAGUCAUCAGCAUAUGGCUGAUCCGCGCACUGUACAGUGCAAACAGACACCAGAAGAACCUGAGGAAUUACAGUGCAUGUCCUGCAGCUGAGAAAAUGGUCAAGAGGCAGAACAAAGCUGAUAAAAGAACGGACAGGACGACGAAGAUGUUGCUGGCAGUAUUACUGCUCUUCCUCGUAACGGAGUUGCCACAAGGCAUACUGGGUCUGAUGAGCGGAUUAUUGGGCUGGUGUUUCUUUAAAAGAUGCUACGAUUUGUUUGGAGAACUGAUGGACUUUUUGGCGCUUUUAAACGGAGCGAUCAACUUCAUAUUGUACUGCUCGAUGUCGCGCCAGUUCCGGCAGACCUUCAGACAGAUGCUGCUCCAGCCACCGCUGGCCCGCUUCAUGCCCCCCACGAUGUCACACUCCGACUCACACAAUCAAAACACGUGCACGGAAAAGGUUAAAAGAUAACUGCAGCCGGGCUUCAGUUUAAAUGUGAAUAGCAAAGACAUCAGUACCUUGAGGGCGAGCCCGCCCCCACCCCCGGAACAAUCCUGCGAUUUGUGAACACAGCCUUUAGUUGUCAUAGAUGACAGUUAAAGCGCCAGCAGAAGAUUUAAUGAAAUACUAAACGUCGUCAUUUAUGGACACGCAGCGCGUCAAGCAGCGCGGUUUGCUGUUCAUAAAACCUUCAUUAUUGCAUGUAAAAUCACAGGAUGAACUAUAUGCUGUGGUUUUUAGCAUACUACAGUGGUUAAAAAUACAUACUCGAUCGCGUAUUUCGUAUUGAAAUGAAUGUUUUAGAAAAAUUGUGUUAUUUUCUGUUCCGUUGUGCGGACAAAUAAAUCGUAGCAGCUGUGAACAUGGCGGCAGUGCAAUUUUAAUGUCGCUGUAGUAUUAGUGGAAUAUCUGAAUUUAUGCUCUCGAAUCGAUCUGUGUUUGUCUAGUGUAUUUUUAAGGUUUAGCUAGAGCUUUUUUAUGAAGCAAAUCUAACUGUAAAUUUAGAUGUCCAACCAUGUUCAUCUAUUGUCGUAUCGUAUCUAUGGACAAGUUUCAAUUAAAUUAAAACUCAUUUGAGUUAGACGUUUUUCAGUUAAGUUAAAAGAAGAAGUCAUAAUCCUUUCUUAAUUUAAAACUUCUUAAUCUAAAAUAAAAUGUAGUUUGAACUAAAAUUACAAAUGAAAAAAUAGCUCAGAUUUUGUUCUAUGUUCAAAAAUUUUGUAAAAAUAAAAUCUAAUUUCGCUAGAUUACGAAGAGUAAGUUUAUAUUACAAAAAAGUUCUAAUUAAAUAAGCUAAUAUUGACAUUCGGCGUCCAUUUGACUCUGAAUUUUAUGGUAAAUAUUAGAUAGUGUAUAAAAGAAGGAAUGUCUCCACAAUGUCUAUGAUUGUUAAGAAUUUAAUUAGGUACUCUUGUAUGAUGUUAAAAUUUAAAGCACCUACUUGCGUCAGAUUUUGCAGGUCAGUUGCAUUCGACAGAUUUCCUUAGUAUAUUAUCUAAAUGGGUGGAUAAAUUUUUGUUUUUUUUUAUUAUCAUCAAUCUUAUCUUGGUGUAUCUUCGUUUGUAAUAAAAUUCUUGUUCGGACCGUUUAAAUGAGAUUUCUAAAUGUAUAUGUGACUAUGAGCUUUGAUGUGAAUGCAAUCAUCGCAUACAUUUCAAUUUUGGUAGUACAACAUUCAUUCAUGCAUUUAAAUAAACGAAAAAUUCUUAUACUUAUCUAAUUUAUUACUUACUUUAGGAAAUUCGAUAUGCAAAAUUUAACAUUAGAUGAUUGCUUGUUGACAUGAUUAGCCAUUAAUUGCAAAGAAAAGGUAUUUUCAUCAAGGAUUCAUUUAUGUAUCUAAACAAUAUAUUAUAUACAUAUAUAUUCGAAAUGUUACAAAUUAUGUACACAUGUAAUUGCUGUAAAUGGACUGAAAGAAAACUCAUUAUCGAAUUAUGCAAAACGACUGUAAAUUUAAUUAUGUUAUUAAUUAAUAUAAUAAGUUUGUACAACUC